CUCUCUGUAGCUUCUCCUCAUUUCCUAAGUUCUCAACACAAACCAACACAGUCUUACUGAAACCCAUCUCAAGCUCAAUCUAUAUCUUCCCCCACCAAAUGAUUCACCUAGACAUAUUUCCCACCCAGCAACUGCCGACCCAUCAACCUUCUCAACUCCACUCCAACGCCCCCCUCCCUCUCCAAACACCACUUACUCCUUCUGCCCCCCAACCCUCUGCAACGCAUCCCCAACCCGAUUCCCCACAGCAUCACCAAUCGCCGUCCCAAUAA